AUGCCGCGCGGGUUCCUCGUCAAGCGCAGCCGGCGCCCCGGCGGCUCCUACCGGGCGCGCCCGCGGGAGCGGGACCCGGAGCGGGACCCUCCGCCCGCCCCGCCGCCUCCCCCGCCGCCCGCCGGCGCGGACAGCCCCGCCGUUAGACAGGGGGCGGAGGAGGAGGAGGAGGGCGAGGAGGAGGAGGAGGGAGCCGUCGCCGCUUGUCCCGCGACGUGGCCCCACRGCGGCGGCUGCGGCGGCCCCGGGCUCAUUCCGCCGGAGGGUCCUUCCGCUUGGGGGGCCACGGGGCCGUGCAGCGCAGCGGGGCCGCGGGCGGCUCUCUUCGAGCGGUGCCUCAGCUCCCCCGCCUCCGCCGAGUCCUUCCCCCUGGCCGCCUCCUUCCCGCCCGCCGAGAAGCUGCUGCUGCAGCCGCGCACGCCGCUGCCCGCCCCGCCGCUGUCCUCGGUGCCCGCGCUGAAGCGACCGUCGCGGGCCAAGGCACCGGCCAAGAAGGGCAAGGCCACGAGGAAGCUGAGCUUCGCCGACGAGGUGACCACCUCGCCCGUGCUGGGGCUGCGCAUCAAAGAGGAAGGGCCCGAGGGCCGGCCGGGGCCGCCCGCGGGGCGCACGCCGCUGGGCGAGUUCAUCUGCCAGCUGUGCAAGGAGCAGUACGCGGACCCGCUGGCCCUGGCCCAGCACCGCUGCUCCCGCAUCGUGCGCGUCGAAUACCGCUGCCCCGAGUGCCACAAGAUCUUCAGUUGUCCGGCCAACCUGGCCUCGCACCGCCGCUGGCACAAACCGCGUCCCGGCCCCAGCGCCGAAGGCGCCGCGUCCGCCCCCCCGGGCAAGGAGAACAGCCCCGAGCGGCGGCCCCGCGGCCCCGCCGCACCCCCGCCCCAGCCACCGCCGCCCGCCCGUCAGCACCGCGGCGCGGACAGCGCCGGCGGCGCCCCGACCACCCUCGGCUCCGGCCCCGGCCCGGCUCACAGCGGCGCUCCCGGUCCGGGCGGCGGCGCCGGCGGGGAGGCGUUCGCCUGUCCCUGCUGCCAAAAGCGGUUCCGGCGGCAGGCUUACCUCCGCAAGCACCUGGGCACCCACGGGGCAGCGCGGCCCGCAGCCUUCGGCCAGCCGGAGCGCGGGCCCGUCGCCUUCGCCUGUCACCUCUGCGGCGCCCGCUUCCCCUCGGCGGACAUCAGGGACAAGCACCGGCUGUGGCACGCCGUGCGGGAGGAGCUGCUGCUGCCGCCGCCGCCGCCCGCCGGGGUCCCCGAGAGCGGCGCGGCGGGCGGCGAGCGGCAGGGCUUCCCCUGCAAGCACUGCCCCGCCACCUUCUUCAGCGCGCCCGGGCUGGCGCGGCACGCCAGCAAGUGCCACCCGCCGGAGAACAGGCAGGUCCUGCUGCUCCAGGUGCCCGUCCGGCCGGGCUGCUAGGCCCGCGGCCGCCCCGCUGGGACUGCUCCGAGAGCCCGGGCUAGCCCAGCGAGCCCUGGCCACGCUGUAAUUCCUAUGGAAA